AUGAAUCAUAACAUCCAACCGUUCGAAAUUGGUGAUUCGGCUUCUGUGGGAAGACGGUGGACAGCAUGGAAACGAUCGUUCGAGCUGUACCUAGCCUGUAACACCACGGUGACGGCUGAUAAGAAGAAGGCUAUGCUGUUGCACUUGGCCGGUCAGGAAGUGCAAGAAGUGUUUUACGAUGACCCCAACCACGAAGCAGGGGCAGCCCAAGGCAGUGAUGUUUACAUAAGUGCUAUUGAGAUUCUUGAUCAGCACUUCCAGCCGAUUGUUUGCAUUCCCCACGAGCGGGCAGUUUUUAGGAAAAUGUCCCAAAACGAAAGUGAAAGUGUAGCUAAAUUUGUGAGGCGCCUACGUCACCAGGGAGUGCUAUGUGAAUACGGAAAUGCCCUGGAAAUGCGCAUAACAGAGCAAGUCUUUGACGGCUGUCUGUCUAACGGGUUGCGGGAGGUUAUUUUGAAGAAACGCCUGACGCAAUUGGCGGAAAUUAUGGAAGAGGGAAAAGUGCUGGAGACGAUCGACCUGAACCAACAACAAUUGGGAGCAGGAGGGUCUGCAAGUGUAAACAAAGUGAAGAGUGGUACAAACAAAUGUUUUCGCUGUGGUUCUUCGAAACAUUAUGCCAAUGACAUAAAGUGCCCGGCACGGAAGGAAAAGUGCGAUAAAUGUGGGAUAAAGGGACACUAUAAAAAUCAAUGUAAGACGAAGAACUUCUUGGCGAAAACGAAGAAGAAAGUGCGACAAGUGGAAGAAUCGGAAGACGAAGAAGAGGAAGAUGGAAAAACAAAUAGUGAUAAUGAAAGUGAAAGUGACGAGAGUGAUGCGUACCAUGUAUUCGCGACGAAGAACGAGAAAUCAACGCUGGAGAUUCGAGAAGUGAACAGCAACAAAUAUAAUUCCAAAGUUAAGUGCUUGGUCGGAGGAGUACCUUUGGAAUGGCUAGUGGAUUCCGGUGCAUCAGUGAAUGUUAUCGACGAAAAUACCUGGCGGAAGCUGAAGGAUAAUGGAUGUAAGGUGAGCUGUGAAAGUGUCGAGUCGAAAAAGAAACUUCUGGCGUACGGCAACCACCGGCUGGAAGUGAAAGGAGUGUUCAAAACGGAUAUUUCCCACGGAGCGAUGACGGUGCAUCGGGAGGUGUAUGUGAUAAAAGGGCAUGGCACUAAUCUAUUGAGCAAGAUUACUUCGAUGGAUCUCGGAAUACUACAAAUCACUUCGGCUGUUUUGGAAAUUGCAGAAGUGAAGUCAGUGGAAAUUGGAAAGGCAAAGGAUCUACAGGUGAAGAUCAACAUAGACCGGAGCAUUCACCCUGUCCAGCAGCCGUGUCGAAGGCUACCCAUCCCGUUGCAGAAAGUUGUUGACGAAGAAAUUCAAAAGCUCCUCGACCAAGAUAUAAUAGAGGCGGUGACUGAUAAAAUUACAUGGGCCUCACCUCUAGUCGUUACACCAAAGGACGGAGGUCGUCGAGUACGAUUGUGCGUGGACAUGAGAAAGGCGAACACAGCAAUAAUCCCAGAGCGACACCCUUUACCUGUGUUCGAGGACAUGAUGCCUUACCUCAACGGCUGUAAGUUUUUCUCGAAAGUUGACUUGAACCAGGCCUUCCAUCAGCUAGAACUACAUCCAGACUCUCGAGAGAUAACCACGUUCGUCACGACCAAGUGCUACUACCGAUUCAAAAGACUCAUGUUCGGUAUGAACUGCGCCGCUGAGGUGUUUCAGCGGGAAAUGGAGAAGAUACUCAAAGGACUGGAUGGGGUGAUCAUCUUCAUAGACGAUAUCCUAAUCUUUGGUCGUACGUGUUAUGUCGGGUAUUUCGGAGUAUAA